AUGACAACAAGCGCACCCAGUCAGAGCAUCCGAGGAGACGCGCCCACGUUCGCCUUGGACGGUUGUGACUUCAUAAGGAACAUGAUUUGUGAAUCGGACUUUCUGGGAAUAAUCGGAUACGCUACCUAUUUCGGCCUAUUAGAGUCUUCCGACAUGCAGGAGGAGGACAUCAUUCGGGCUGUUCGUAAUCAUUGGAUGGAAUAUGAUGCUAAUCCAAGCCGUGCAAUACUGGAUGAACUAUUCUCAUUAGAAGUUGAUGAGACCGUCGCGCAAAGUAUCGAUUCUAAGGAUAAGAUCUUCUCCUCCGUCCGGGAUGCGAAUACAGAGAGGCCGGUGACUCGCAGUCAAGUAAAGAAGGAGUCCACCCCGACGGAACUCCUUGUGUUAUCUAUGGAAGCUGAUGAAAUAGCAAAACGAACGAGGGAGGAUCGAAUGGCAAUGAGAGAAAUGGAAAAGGAACUUAUUCAAGCACAACACGCCACGUUCGCUAUUACAUCGGAUGCCGCCAGAGGGUAUAAGCAAAUUCAGGAGAUGCGCAUAAACAAGAUAAAUAAAAUGGAGACGCUUCUGACCGGACAACGAGAAGAAAUGGACAUCCGCACGCACGAGUGGCAGGAGAUAGCGCGGGAGAAAGAUGAUGAGAUCAAGUUGAAGGACACCGCAAUCGAGGAGUUGAAACAAAGGAUGGACAACGUGGCCAACGAGUUUGCUGAUAUGCUGACCGAGACGCUAACGAUAUUGAAGCGGAAGUUAGAUGCCACCAUCGAGGAACUCAGAGAAGAUGAGUUGAAUUACAACGAGUCAAAACGUCGGGAUAAUAAACAUUUCAUCGAGAAACUGAAGGAGUUCAACAUUGAACUAUUUGAAUGA